AUGGAUUUCGAGGAGCUUGCUGUCAGCGAACGCAAGAUCAUCGUCGGCAUCGACUUUGGCACCACUUACUCGGGCGUUGCUUGGGCGGAGACACAACGGCCUGAUCGCCGAACCACCAUCACUUCAUGGCCCAUCAGCAAGACCAUCCGAGAGGGCGAGUCCUCCGAUAAGGUGCCGACAAAACUGCGGUACUCGAAUGGGGAUGUUCAGUGGGGAUUCUCGAUCCCCGUCACUGCACCUCAGAAAGAGAUUGUUGAGUGGUUCAAGCUUGACCUCGACCCGACGUUACAAGGCAUGGGAAAUACUGUGGCCCAGGAAGCCCGUGCCGGCCGCAGUUUUUGUGUCACUGUUCCAGCUAUCUGGUCCGAGCUCGCAAAGCACAACACAAAGCAGGCUUGCCAGAAAGCUAAUGGUCUGGUCGCCACGCCAUCACACAUCCACCUGGUCUCCGAACCAGAAGCUGCCGCCAUCUAUGCACUCCAUGGCCUUGAUCCACAUGGCCUUAAGAUGGACGAUACAAUUGUCGUCGUGGAUGCUGGCGGAGGCACGGUGGAUCUGAUUUUAUACACGAUCACCAGACUCAAGCCUAUUCUGGAGGUCGAAGAAGCUGCGCCUGGAUCUGGAACCCUUUGCGGAUCAACGUUUCUGAACAAGCGCUUCAAAGAAUUUCUCACAGCCAGACUAGGCAACGAAGAGGGGUUCGAUGACGAGGUUGUUGCAGACGCCAUAGAUGUGUUUGAGAAGAAGAUCAAACGUCAAUUCACCAUGCAAGCUAGUCCUGACGACAGAUUCAUGGUCCCCGUUGGCGGCCUCACCAAUAACAAGGAACUCGGUAUCAGCCGCGGCCGCCUUUCGCUCAAAGUGGCUGACUUGCAGACCAUCUUCGAGCCCAUCAUCCUCGAGUGCAUCAAGCUUGUCAGCGCCCAAAUCGCCGCCUCGGACGAGCGCAUCCGCAACGCCAUCGAUCGCAAGAUCCGGAUUUUGCAGCCCCCGAACGCCUGGCAGGCUGUCGUUCAGGGUGCCGUGAUGAAGGGUCUCGCCCAGGCCUCUCCCAGCCACCUCACGCAAGUGCGCAUCCAGAACCGUAGAGCCCGCAAGCACUACGGCACGCGGUGUAACAGGGACUACGAUGAAACACUGCACGGUCACCUCCGCGACAAACGCCGUUGGAGCGGCCUUUACGGUUGCUACCGAGUCAACGUGAUGAAAUACAUUGUUCUUAGGGGCGAUGUCGUGUCCGAGACAGACCCGUACUGCCUCUCGUUUGUGUCUACUGGGCUUGUGAGCGAUGUGCGCAUCAAUAAUAUCCAACAGAACAUUUACGCCGACGGCACGUCCUCCGUUGCACCGGUCGAGCACAACGACAACACGAAGCUACUCUGCCGUGUCGAGGCCGACGUUAGCCACAUUCCCGAGGCGCAGUUCAAUCGCCGGCAGGGGCAAGACGGCCAGGCAUACUACGAGCUUGAGUAUGAGCUUGAGGCCAGGGUCCAUUCGGCAUCGACAGAGUAUACCCUAGUGUGCAACAACCAGCGAUACAACACCGUCACUGCAGAGUAUGUUUAG